ACUAAAGUUAUUAUAUAAUAAGGUUAGGAUUCUUAUGUAUUAUUUGGGCAUUAUAUAACAAGAUAUAGUACACCGCAAUGAGUUGUAAGCUGCCAAUUUAGUUGAUGAGCCACAGCUCAACUGUUCAAGUGUAUGUGAGCUGAUCAUUUUAAUAGAGCUGAUUUACGUAUUGCUAAAUCCCAGUGAUACAUAGAACCGGUUAACGAGCAAACGUCCUUUUGGUUAUUAUUUUGUGCACAUCCUGUUAUAACAUUUAAGAUAACUAAAAAUAUCACAAAAUAUCGAUUUCAGAGAUGUAUAUAGUACUUAUAUAUCUAUUGCUGUUUUUUGACGGUGUUCUUAUGGAAGCAAAAGAGGGCGAUGUCUGCGUUGUAGAACAUACUAAUAUAAUUGGAAAGUGUGCUCCACCAGAUCAGUGCAAUACUGCAAAGGACGACUACUUGCUGAACGGCAUCAGACCUACAUUCUGUCAGCAUUCAUUCAGCUACGUCCUAGUUUGCUGUAGAGAUGGCAGCAGCAUCUUACAGGCGGCCGAAACUGUGGACCUUAGAAACGGCAUAGAUAAUACUGAUGAUAGAAGGGUCAGUGAAAGAAAAUGUGAAGAAUACAGUCGUAUUGUAACACAAAAUGUUGUCUACUCGCCUCUUGUACCAGAUGAGUCGCCAAAGUCUGUGUCAACGCCUAAUUGUUUUCAUUCGUACAUCGAACUGGUGGUAGGAGGUGAGAAGGCGACUGCAGGAGAAUUUCCACAUAUGGCAGCAGUAGGUUGGGUGAACAUAGAUGGUCAGUACAAAUUCAGCUGUGGCGGUUCCCUUAUUAGUACGAAGCAUGUAUUAACUGCGGGACAUUGCUCUAGAGACCCUAAGGCCAAAGAUCCCAAGCCGGCUAUAGUUAGAUUGGGGGAUCUAAAUUUGAACACCUCAGUGCAAGAUGGCGCGAGCCCUAUAGAUGUACCAAUAAAAAUGAUCCAUGUACAUCCUGAAUACAAACCGCCUAUGAAAUAUAAUGAUAUAGCUAUUUUAGAGCUGGCGGCAGAUGUUGAUAUUGACAGUUCUAUUCGACCUGCAUGUUUAUGGCAGAAACCAGACUUUGGACAGAAUUCUAUCGCUUAUGCGACAGGCUGGGGAAUUACUGAUCCACGGCGAUUCCGGAUCACCUUUACAAGUCUCAAGUGUGGAUAAUGGAUGCAUAUUUUAUGUUAUGGGUGUGACAUCUUUUGGUGGGAAAUGUGCUCAGAGUGGUCAACCAGCUGU